AUGUUUCAUAGGGAUGAAACACUGCAGGCAACUUGCUGCUCGUGGGAGUUUGUAAAACUACAACAAAACAUUGAGGAUAACAUUUCCAUUCUUCAAGAUCACACUAUCAGUAUUGAGAUGUCCAGUGCAACUGUUCUGCCAGGGGUCGGCCUGGGGUCAAUGGCCCAGUCAGCUGGACUUGCAGAGAUUGCGGUCAGACUGUGCUUGAACCAACGUAAACAACUUUGUCCUCAUGUUUGGGUUCCCAUCCUGAAGCCUCGGCGCCCGUGCAUCCGGCCUAAAGUGUCUGAUCAGCUUUCCUCUGAAAUCUUUAGCAAAGCCUAUCUGACCCACCUCUUCCCAUCCUUCUUGGAGGACUUUGAUGAAGAUGAUGAUGAUCUUUUAUUCCCAGUCAAGAACAAACGUGUGAUUUUCGCUGACUCACGGGGAAUGUCUUUGACAGCCGUGAGAGAGUUUUCUGAUGAAGAGGAGCAGUCUGACAUUAACCUGCUGCCGUCGCUGCAGGAUUUGGGGAGCAUGAUGGAGGAUGGCUACAGCUGCACCGUCAGCACCUGCUGCCCAGGAACAAGCCUCAAACUGGGCUUCCCGCAGCCUUCUGCAGAUUUCCAGGCCUUUCGUGCAAAGCUAGCCGAGAGCAUGGUGACCCUGGAGAACUGCAGCGUUAAUGAACAGGCGCUCCACGGGACGGUGCGCGUCAGGAACAUCAGCUUCCAGAAGGAGGCGCGUGUUCGCAUCACCUUUGACUCGUGGCUGAGCUACAGAGACGUGGCCUGUGCUUACCUGCCGAAACGCUUCGGGGGCCCUCAGACAGACAUCUUUGAAUUUUACAUUGCCAUCCCUAAAGUUCUGGAUGCCAAACGGAGGAUUGAGUUCUGUCUGAGUUAUUCUCCCGGUGGGCAGAGCGAGCCGUUUUGGGACAACAACAACGGACAGAAUUACAGCGUGGUCGUGUGCGUCAGCUCACAUCUCUGCUGCGGGAAGAAUCUGAGUGAAAGGGCAUGACGUGCUUAAGCUAGAAAUUAUUCCUUUUUUUUGUCAGACAU